UACUUCAUCUGAAACAGUUUCAAGGAUUGUAGUAUGAAGCAUUAUAAUUUCAAAAUAGUUAAUUCUAAAUAAUAGAUUCGUGUGCAAGAUGCAGAGAGGCUUUAGAAUCGAGAUAAUAUAAAUCGCAAUACAUAUUUGUAUUUAAUUCUGACUACUUCUAAAAAGUAUUAUUAUGACUAUUGUUAUCAUCGUCGUCGUCGUCAUUAUCAUCAUUAUUAUUUUGUAUAUUUUUUCGUACCAAGAUGUACCUUUAAGCAUUUGUGUAUCCUACGUGGGAUGUAUCCAACACAAAGAGAUUAUUAAUGUUCUUGUUAUUGUUGUUGUUGUUGUUGUUGUUGUUGUUGUUGUUGUUGUUCUUCUUCUUCUUCUUCUUCUCCUCCUCCUCCUCCUCCUCCUCCUCCUACUCAUUAUUAUUAUUAUUAUUUACAUAAAAGAAAUAACUUAUGCAUUAAAAUUCCAUAAAAUUCCAUAAAACUAAUAUACUCGUGACUAUUUAUUUAAAAUAUCAUAAUAAAUAUAAUCCUAAAUUUACUUAUAUUUUUGAAUGUCCUAAUGUACAUUAGAACAUUUUAAUAUUACUUUCUGUUAAAUAUUGUUGUCAUUAUCAUAAUCUGCUGCAUUACUAGCGGUAUUAAUGUUAUGAUUAUAAUUAAUAUAAAAAUAAUUAGUAUUAUAUUCAAUUAAGAUGCCCGUGCUAAGCAGUAACUUGAAACAUUCAAUAAAUUUAUCGUUGACCGACUUAUCUACAAAGCUGAGUAAUAAACAAGAUGAAUUCGAUCGUGCGCCUACAGUGAGCGAAGAGAAGUAUGAUUCCAAAGUUUUGAUAGGAAAUUGGUUUAACCGUCGCGUAUCUUACAUACCUUCUAAUAAGUGGAUAACAAACACACAAACAAUAUAUAAGCAACAUUAUAAAUCUUAUGAUAUUGACAUAUACAAGAAAGAUCAAGUACCAUUUUGGAAUAAUAAAAUUAAAAAUGAGGGUUUAUUCAAAGGUACCUUAAUGGAUAAUCAUGGAAAGUCAUAUUACAACAACAUGACCACAACAUAUGAUUUAAGCUAUAGAAUUCUACCUACACAAUCACAAAAAUCACAUUUAAGGAUUUACAAUAUAAGAUGGUUACCAGAACAAGAUUUAACAGAAGAUUUUGGAAAUUUGACAAAAAUUGGUAUAAAGGAUGCAUUACAAAUUUGGUGGGACAGUACUUCAAACGAAGCAACACAAUUUUGCAGAUGGAGAACUACGUAUCAAGAUGAGUACAAAGCUCAUGAUAUUUCACUUGUAAAGAAAAAGUUUCAUAGACAACAAGUGAACAUGAAUGUACCAUAUUUAAAUAAUCUUGGCCAUAUUGAUGAUUAUUCAAAUAGUUGUCCAAUUACUUUUAAAAACUCAAGUAGUAAAAUUGUAAAUUAAAAUCGAUACAUCUACUAAGGUAUUUUUUUUGUAUCAUACUUCUAAAAGAUAAUACUUCAUCUUAUAAACAUAUUUAUUAUUGUUUGUAAAUUAUUCAAUUUGUAUGAUUGUAUUAAAUUGUUAAAA